AUGGCUCAUUGUGCGCCCCAUAUUAGCACGGAGCAAUAUGCCGUAGCCAAAAUGAGCAAUAACAGUCGAUGGUGUAGAAGAGAAUGGACCUCACCUGCCGAUGCCCGAAGUACGGACGCUUCACGGGGGCGAGGGAUUCUCUACCAGUCAGUCUUCCUAGGUAGUCCUGACAAUUCACGACGAGAUAACUUGGCCUUUACAUAUGGUGACGCAAGCAAUGCUAGUAUAGGUAGUGGUGAAGGUACGGGAGAAGAAGAUGAUGAUGCCAAUGGCAAAAAGAACCAAAAGAAACGGGGGAUUUUCCCCAAAGUAGCGACAAAUAUCCUCCGAGCGUGGCUGUUUCAACAUUUAACGCAUCCGUAUCCAUCGGAAGACCAGAAAAAACAAUUAGCGCAAGAUACAGGGCUCACAAUACUGCAAGUGAAUAAUUGGUUUAUCAAUGCGAGGCGUAGGAUCGUGCAACCAAUGAUUGACCAAUCAAAUAGAGCCGUUUUCCCGCCACAUGCAGGUCCAUCGGCGGCAUACGGACCCGAAGCCAUGGGCUGGAUGGAUGGUCAGGCACAGAUGAUGCAUCGUCCGCCUGGGGAUCCAGCCUUCCACCAAGGCUACGCGCACUACCCACCUGCCGAGUACUAUGGCCAUCACUUGUAAUGCGCACCACAUAGUAAAUCAGUGUGUCAUCCAAGACUCUGCACAUUAGUCAAGUUCUCAGUAAUCCCAGUGAGAUGACCUUUGGCGGAUAAGCCACGUUACCACCAAACCUUAAAGCCAGGAACGAAUUCGUGGAAGGAUCAAAUCGGUGCAAUCAAUUUUAUUAAGUCGUUCACUCGACGCAGAUCAUCAAAAUUCUUCUACGAAGCCACAAGAAAAUUUUCGGAAAGUCUGCGUCGAGGCUAAACCCAAACAUAACACCUUUAAAACAAAAAAUUAAAAUAAAACAGUAGAGAUGAAACAACGACCUUCACAUUUUGACUGGAGUGAAAGAAAGUGGGAGACAUUUAAAAAUCAUUCUCCUCUAAAAAUCGAUCUUAAAAUAUAACUAAAUGAAAUAAAUGGGUAAAAAUGUGAUUUAUUUGUACAAAAUGUAAAGUGUUAAGAGUGUCGUGUCAUGUACAAAUCAUAGUGAAAAUGUGGUGGAGAGGCAGUGAUAGAAACUGUGUUCCAACCGAAGACACUGGAGUAAGACAUUGACGCUUCGAGUAAUGAACUCAGAAGAACAAGUUUUAAGGAAAAAAAAAGCAAGAAAAUAUGGAAAAACUACAGUGAUUAAUUUUUUAAGUAUAGAGAGAGAAAAAAAGAGAUGAAAUAUAAAUGAUAGUAAAAGAAAAAAAAUACCUAGCAAAAUUACUAUAAAUAAAACGAUCACAUGCAGCAACUGAUAAAAACUAUGAGAGAGUGGAAUAAAAGAAAAUGAUUUAGGAUAUAGCGAAAGAGCAUUAUAGGAUAUUAAUAUAAAAGUCGUAUAAAUAUCAGUGGAGUGUUUUUCUAAAAAUCAGUAAAAAAAAAACAAAUGAAAAAAUUAGCAUUAAUAUAUUUAAAAAAAGGAAAUACAGUACUGUAAAAAAACAAGUAUAAAUUAAAAGAAAAAAAACAAUGGUAUAUAAAAAAUAGUGAAUCUUAAAUGCUGGUCAUUGAACGAGAGGAUACUUUGACGAUUUGGAAACGUAGAUCAACGCCCACAAUCAGCAGACCUUAGUGAAUUUCUCCUAACAAACCACCAAAAAAAAACAAAACAAAACAAGGAUUUCCACUGAUAUUGGUGCGGUAACCAGAGGAAACAUUAAAGGACAGUGAAGAAAUCUACGCAACAAGAUGGAUGUUAACUGCUAAAGAAUGCAGUGGCAAUACCGACUGACCGGAUAAUGUCAUUACUUAUAAAUAGGAAUUUCAAGAUGAAAGAAGUAAUAUAAAUAAUAAUUGUAAGUUAAAUAGUAAUAUUUGGAAAAAGUAAUAAGGAGUAUAUUACAUUUAAAAGAAAAUGAGGAGAAAACAACUGUAAUUAUAAACUAUCUUGCAAAUAACGUAAACUAUUAUUAUUGUGUAUAUUAUUAUUAUUAUUAAUUAUUAUUAUUAUUACAAUCAUUGAAUAAAAUUAAAUUCUUUUUCCGUACUAUCCCAAAAUUUUUAGAUGCAAACUUGCAAAAAAAAACAACUCAAACCGAAAUAGAGAGAAAAAGGAGAUAAACUUCUGUACAAAACACAUACUCACGUUUAUUUAAAAAAAAUGAAUAAAAACGAGCCAUCAAACCAGUUAAAAAAGCAGAAUUCUAGAAUAUUAAAUACCUGAAAAAAAGAAAUAUAUCAAACUAAAAGUAUUGAUUAUUUAAAGAAAAAAAAACUGAACAGUUUUAGAAAAAAAUUAAAUCAUCAUCAACAAUAAAGAAAAAUGAUAUUUAAAAAUGAAAAAUGAAGAAAUUAGAAUUUAUAUAGUCUCUCCAUUGAACUUUGGCUCCGUUUGUGUAAUAAAAUGAUGUAAGCAUUAAAAUGAAGACGAAAUUGACGAAGAUGCAACAUUUUUAGGUAAAGAAAAAAUGAAACAGAAAUCCAGAAAACACUAUACAUGGCAUAAAAUUUAGCAUUAGCACUCGUUGUCUAAUAUUCCCGGAUGAAAAUAAAAAUGAAAGAGAAUAAUCUGCUGCCAAUUGGAGAUGGCAAAAGGGAUCAAGAUUUAAGAGGAUGUCUUCAGGAAAUGGUGCAGAAGAAUAUCAUUAACAAUGAAACAUAGACUUCAGUGAACUCCAACACAGGUUAAAUUUUUUCUUUUACAUAUUUUUUUCAAAAUUGUUUUUAUAUUUUCAAAAAUGUCUGACAAAAGAAAAGAAUAUUGGUUGUGACUUACUUUUCUGUAUUUAUUUUUCAUUCUUCACAUUUUUUUUAGAUUUUUGAUUUUUUUCAGUAAAAUAAAAAUAAAUAACUGAGAGAGAUAAUGGAAGGUAAAAAAAAUUAUAUUCAACUCGAUAUACGUAAUUUUGAAGGACGAUUAAAAGUUUUUAAAAAAAAAUGAGGAUAAAUGAAAAAUUAGAGCUUUUUGCUACAUUAAUGAAAUAAAGAAAAUACAUUAAAUAAAUUACAAUGGAUUUCUAUUUAAAAGAGAUGGAAAAAAUAAUAUAUACAUAUAUUUUUGCUUUACAUAUUGAAUUUUUUAUUGAAAGAUACUGAAACACGCAGCAUGGAAGUGGAAGGAAGGGCUAACAAUUGACCAAAAAAAAAUAAUGUAAAACUUCCACUGAGUUUUCUUAUCAGUUUCUUUUUCAAAAAAAAAAAAAAAAUGGAAGAGACAAAAUUGAAGAAAAAAUCCCAAAAUAAAUCAAGUUCUACAGGGUGUUUGUAGUACUAUACUGUAUAAAAAAAAGAGAAUUAUAAUAGUGAAGAAGGGUAAAUAGAUGGAAUCACACAAAUGGAAAAGAAUAUUGGGAGAAAGAACAAUGUAAGAAACUCAAGAAAAUGAUAAUAAGCAGCCUCUUAUCGACACGCCUAAUCAUCCAACUCAGUAUACGAUUAAAAUAUACUCACUUUUGCACCUGAAAGUGAAUCAAUAAAUUGUGAAAUGACCUUUUUGGAUAAUUUUUUAUUCUAAUUGCAGAUUCUAAUAGUUAAUCUUGUAUGGAUUUAUCAGCUGGCAGUACAGCUUAAACAUUGUUGAUACGAAAAACUAUGGUAAAUAUUUCCCCAAAACGGAAAUUCAAGUAAAAAAAAAAGCUCGUCCUUUCAGCGAAUUUUAUUUUCUUCGGAAAAACCCCCUGAAAAAAAUUACCUUGAGUUCCACUUCCACAUAAUAUUAAUUCGGCAAAAUUGAAAACGAAAAAUAUCCUUAAAUUUGAUAUGACGUUUUGGCUGUCGUCAAAAUGGUUUAUCCAUUAUUCGCCUUAACCAUGUAUACGAAAGAUGAAGAAGAAACUUGAGGAAAAUAAUUGAAUAAAUUAAGACAGGACCUUAUUUAAAAAUAAAAUAAAUAUUUUAAUGAAGAAUAAAUAUACAAAAAAUAAAUAUUAAAAAAAAUAUCGUUGAGUAAAGAUUAUUCUUUUCAUCCUGUUUUGCUUAUUAGUCCAAAUAUUUAACUUUUCAAAAACAAAUCCCAUAUUUUUGUUAUUUGAAAAUACUAAGAAAAAAACCGAGAAACCAGAUAUUUAAACGUGCUCAAAUUUAUUGACAAACCACCCCAUUUUGCGAUUGAAAAUAAACAAAA